AUGUUUAACAUUAUCAGAGCACACUCACCGUUCUGCAAAAUUCUUACGCAUGAACGAUUUUUUUACACAAUCGUGUUUUUUAACAAUUCUUAUGCUUUUACAGUUUUCCCUGCCGGAAUCCUCCAGCCAGUGUUCUACAGCAAAGAUUUCCCAUCGUCAAUGAAUUUUGGUGGAAUUGGAGUUGUCAUUGGUCAUGAAAUUACCCAUGGUUUCGACGAUAGAGGACGUCUCUACGAUAACCUGGGCAAUAUACGCCAAUGGUGGGAUAAUGUGACCAUUGCGAAGUUCGAGAAG